AUGCCAUCCAGUCACCAGGCCAUCCAGUCACCAGGCCAUCCAGUCACCAGGCCAUCCAGUCACCAGGCCAUCCAGUCACCAGGCCAUCCAGUCACCAGGCCAUCCAGGGACCAGACCAUCCAGGGACCAGGCCAUCCAGUCACCAGGCCAUCCAGUCACCAGGCCAUCCAUUCACCAGACCAUCCAGGGACCAGGCCAUCCAGGGACCAGGCCAUCCAGGGACCAGGGACCAGGCCAUCCAGGGACCAGGGACCAGGCCAUCCAGGGACCAGACCAUCCAGGGACCAGACCAUCCAGGGACCAGGCCAUCCAGUCACCAGGCCAUCCAGUCACCAGGCCAUCCAGUCACCAGACCAUCCAGGGACCAGACCAUCCAGUCACCAGACCAUCCAGGGACCAGGCCAUCCAGUCACCAGGCCAUCCAGUCACCAGGCCAUCCAGGGACCAGACCAUCCAGGCCAUCCAGUCACCAGGCCAUCCAGUCACCAGGCCAUCCAGUCACCAGACCAAUCAGUCACCAGGCCAUCCAGGGACCAGGCCAUCCAGUCACCAGGCCAUCCGGUCACCAGGCCAUCCAGGGACCAGGCCAUCCAGUCACCAGGCCAUCCAGGGACCAGGCCAUCCAGUCACCAGGCCAUCCAGUCACCAGGCCAUUCAGGGACCAGACCAUCCAGGCCAUCCAGUCACCAGGCCAUCCAGUCACCAGGCCAUCCAGGGACCAGGCCCAGACCAUCCAGUCACCAGGCCAUCCAGGGACCAGGCCAUCCAGGGACCAGGCCAUCCAGGGACCAGGCCAUCCAGUCACCAGGCCAUCCAGGGACCAGGCCAUCCAGGAACCAGGCCAUCCAGGGACCAGGCCAUCUAGGGACCAGGCCAUCCAGGGACCAGGCCAUCCAGUCACCAGGCCAUCCAGGGACCAGGCCAUCUAGGGACCAGGCCAUCCAGGGACCAGGCCAUCUAGGGACCAGGCCAUCCAGUCACCAGGCCAUCCAGUCACCAGACCAUCCAGGGACCAGGCCAUCUAGGGACCAGACCAUCCAGGCCAUCCAGUCACCAGGCCAUCCAGUCACCAGGCCAUCCAGGGACCAGACCAUCCAGGCCAUCCAGUCACCAGGCCAUCCAGUCACCAGACUCUCCAGUCACCAGGCCAUCCAGUCACCAGACCAUCCAGGCCAUCCAGUCACCAGACCAUCCAGGCCAUCCAGUCACCAGGCCAUCCAGUCACCAGGCCAUCCAGGGACCAGGCCAUCCAGGGACCAGGCCAUCCAGUCACCAGACCAUCCAGUCACCAGACCAUCCAGGGACCAGGCCAUCCAGGGACCAGGCCAUCCAGUCACCAGGCCAUCCAGGGACCAGACCAUCCAGGGACCAGGCCAUCCAGUCACCAGGCCAUCCAGUCACCAGGCCAUCCAGGGACCAGGCCAUCCAGUCACCAGACCAUCCAGUCACCAGACCAUCCAGGGACCAGGCCAUCCAGGGACCAGGCCAUCCAGGGACCAGGCCAUCCAGUCACCAGGACAUCCAGGGACCAGGCCAUCCAGGGACCAGGCCAUCCAGGGACCAGGCCAUCCAGUCACCAGGACAUCCAGGGACCAGACCAUCCAGGGACCAGGCUAUCCAGUCACCAGGCCAUCAAGGGACCAGGCUAUCCAGGGACCAGGCCAUCCAGGGACCAGGCUAUCCAGUCACCAGGCCAUCCAGGGACCAGACCAUCCAGUCACCAGGCCAUCCAGGGACCAGACCAUCCAGUCACCAGGCCAUCCAGGGACCAGGCCAUCCAGGGACCAGGCCAUCCAGGGACCAGGCCAUCCAGUCACCAGGCCAUCUAGGGACCAGGCCAUCCAGGGACCAGGCCAUCCAGGGACCAGGCCAUCCAGGGACCAGGCCAUCCAGGGACCAGGCCAUCCAGGGACCAGGCCAUCCAGUCACCAGGCCCUCCAGGGACCAGGCCCAGGCCAUCCAGGGACCAGGCCAUCCAGUCACCAGACCACCCAGGGACCAGGCCAUCCAGUCACCAGGCCAUCCAGGAACCAGGCCAUCCAGGAACCAGGCCAUCCAGGGACCAGGCCAUCUACCCAUUACGGCAGUGGACAGAGGAGAGACACAUGCUCAAGUCCUGGAGGGUGCUCUGGCAUCUUCCCCAAUCCAAAAAAGCGGAGAAAAAUUUGA